UCUAGUGCUCUUUGUUAUGGAAAACUGUGUGGAUAUUUAUUAAUAAUAUUCUGAAUAAUUGCAAAAUGGCACAAAGUGUUUGUUUAUUAUCACGAAUAGUAGCCUCUUCUGUAUCUGCUACAAUAAGAGCAGGUAAAAUUAUAAGAGAUGUUAUGACUCAUGGAGGUCUGAAUAUAGUACACAAAGGCCAGAAUGAUUUACAAACUGAAGCUGAUCGUUGUGCUCAAAAAUGUAUUAUUGCUUCAUUAAGCCAUGAAUUCCCCAACAUUACCAUUAUUGGUGAAGAAGAAUCAUCUAAUUGUGAAGUACCAUCUGAUUGGAUUGUAACAGAAGCAGAUCAAGAAGUGUUAAAAUUGAAAUUACCAGCUCAUUUAGAAGAUAUUGACCCAAAGGAUGUGUGCAUUUGGGUUGAUCCAUUGGAUGGAACAUUAGAGUAUACACAAGGCUUUGUAGAACAUGUUACAGUAUUAGUAGGAGUGGCAGUUGGACAUAGAGCAGUUGGUGGUGUAAUUCAUCAACCAUAUUAUAAAAAUGCUGAGAAUGAAGAACUAGGUCGUACUCUUUGGGGCAUUAAUGGUAUCGGAUUUGGUGGAUUUACACCAAUUGCACCACCAGAUGGAAAAAGAAUAAUUACAACUACACGUUCACAUUCAGACAGUAAUGUUCAAACAGCUAUAAGUGCCUUAUAUCCUAAUGAAGUUUUACGAGUUGGUGGUGCAGGAUAUAAGGUGAUUCUUUUAAUGGAAGGAAAAGCUCAUGCUUAUGUGCAUGCUAGUAGAGGUUGCAAAAGAUGGGAUACUUGUGCUCCUGAGGCUAUUCUUUGUGCUGUUGGUGGCACAUUAACUGAUUUUUAUGGGGACCACUAUUCUUAUAAUGCAGAAACAACAUAUUCAAAUGAAAGAGGUGUGUUAGCUACUGCACCUGGUCAAAUUCAUCAAUGGUAUUUAAAUCAUAUACCAUAUGAAGUAAAGCAAAAGUUAGGACAGCAAUGUACAUAACUUUAUAGAAAAUAUUUUAACAUACAAUUAAACAGGAUAUCAAUAUAUUCCAAUAAUAUGACCAGAGUAGCAGACUUCUAACCGUUUUCUUUUAUAUUUAAA